AUGGCGUUAUCUGCGGCGGAAAGGCAGCGACGUUGUCGUGAAAAAAGGAAACAAGACCACGAAAAAGUUGCAGAAGUGAAACGAAAAGACUUAGAAAGAUACCAAGCUCGCAAAAAGCUUGUCAGAGAUAUGACAACAAGAGAACACAGACAAAUGAAAAGAAAAUGGCAAGUUAGAAACAAGAAGAGAAGAGAAGAACAGAAAGUUUUGCAGAAAGUUCUAAUGAAUACUCCGCCUUCCACACGUGUUCCUUCAAGCCCCAGUUUACUUCCUUUAAAUCCUAGAUCUCGUUCACUAACUCCAACCUCAUUCGCUGCUAGAGCAAGGGGAAGAGAAAAAGUUGGACGGACAGGAAAUUUUAGGCAAAAUAUGAAACUUCAGAACCAAGUAAAAGAAUUACAGAAAAAAAUACGAAAAUACAAGAAGACUUCAACGUAA